UUAAACAUUCCAUUCAUUCUUAAAAUGGCAAAUAUCUUCCUCAGAGCUCCUGUUAUUAGUAUUUUAUUAAUUCUCAAAACACAACUCUUUCAAACGCCAGCUGGAGUACAGCACGAUGACGUAUUUCUCAGGCACCGCCCACUUCCAUGUUGUGAAUCCGCCCCUUGCGAGCGCUGUGAAAAUAAUCCCAGCAGCGGUCGAUGUGACACAGUCUGCCGUCUGUGUGUCAGAGCAUCAGUGUCUGGUCUCAUCAGCAGCAGAAUGAAGCGCAGUCACAACUACAGCUCCUCCGACAGCGACCUGGACGACAGCGUGGAGGUGGAGAAGGACAGUGGUGACGAAAAUGGACCAAUGGAUUCACACUGCUCCACGUCACCUUCCACCACCACCCAAGUUCAAGCCAGAAAGAGGCGCAGAGGAAUUAUAGAAAAACGUAGACGCGACCGGAUCAACAACAGCCUCUCAGAGCUCAGGAGACUAGUGCCCAGUGCCUUUGAAAAACAGGGAUCGGCUAAACUGGAAAAGGCAGAAAUUUUACAAAUGACCGUGGACCAUUUAAAGAUGCUUCAUGCUUCUGGUGGUAAAGGUUACUUUGAAGCACAUGCCCUCGCUAAGGAUUAUCGCAGCCUGGGCUUCAGAGAAUGUCUGGCAGAGACGGCGCGUUACCUGAGCAUCAUGGAGGGUCGGGACAGUACGGACCCCCUCCGUGUUCGUUUGGUGUCCCACCUCAGCAACUGUGCCUCCCAGAGAGAGGUGCACUCUGGACUAGACCACAUUGCCUGGGGGUCUUCCUACAGAGGUGCCCCUGCUCAUCUACCCCACCCUCUGCUUCUGCAUCACCCCCAAGGCAGGACACCUGCAUCCAGGAGAAGCAGCAGCCCACCAUCCUCCUCUUCUUCCUCCUCCUCCUCUCCCCCCUCCUCUACAUCUCCUUCAUCCUCCACUGAGGCAUCUGGGACAUCCAGACCAAGCGUCCUGCCCCCCACAGAGUCCCUCAGGGUGUCUCCCAACAGCUCGUUGCCCCUCAGUUUGCCCGUGCCAACGUCCAAGCUUUCACCCCCACUCCUCUCAUCCCUCUCCUCACUUUCAGCCUUCCCCCUCUCCUUUGGUACUUUCCCUCUGGUCUCCACGUCUGCCCUCAACACUGUGAGCUCCUCCUCCACCGUGUCGAAGCCCUACAGGCCCUGGGGCACAGAGAUAGGGGCAUUCUGAAGCUGACAUCAGCACUGGAGGCAACACCUGAGCUGUGUCCACCACAAGAGACUUUAGUAGGACAACCUGCCUCAUCUGUUGUCCUCACAGUAGAACCCACGGGAACGGAGAAAUUCAAUGUUUGUUUCAUUACAUAUAAAGAAUCACAUCUAAACGACUUCAUUUCUGAUCGUCGUGUCCCUUGAUGGUAAAACAAAUUCCUAAUGAUGUUUUGUUGUUAGUUUGAUAGGGUUUAGCUACACACUGUAUCCAAAUUAAGGACUGAUGUGAUGAUGUGUUAAAUUUGCAAAAUUGUCAAUGCAAAAUGGUAAAGCCCACAUUUUUGUACAUCAGAAAGUUUAACUUCUACAUCUGCUGAGCACAGACGUCUGUAUCUGAGAGUUUGUAGAUUGACUCUGGAGGUGUGAAGACAAUGACUGUACCUGCCACUCUUGACCCACUAACUACCUGAGAAUGGAACAUUUUUCCUCCUUGUAUCUAUUUUUUAAUGUUUUGGACCAAUAAAUGGAGUUUAAACAUA